UCAGGAGGGUAUAUUUUAUUCGCAAAAGUUUGUUUGUCGUCUCCAAAAAAUAAUAAUUUGAAUAGGAGAUGAGACCCGAAACGAGCCGUAGAGCCAGCGUGGCCGUGCGGCGAUACUGCGGCUUGGGCAACCAUUUGCUCAAGACGCCCAACAGCACGGUAAGGAAUCCAAAAAUGCUCCACUUUGCACGACGCAUGAACCGAGAACUGCGGGACGAUAUGCCACUCUGCAAGCGUUGCUACGAUGCGCUGGUAGAACUGUACGAGCUUGAGACCAGAAAUGCGCUGGCGCAUCGCAAGAAGAAGGAGGCGUGGAGCAGCUCGGAAGCGAGCUACUCGGACACCAGCUCGACGACGUCCACAGCGGUAGCACUUAAGCGACCAACUCCCGUAACCGACCGUGAAACUUCCAGCGAGGAUAGUAUGCCCAUAACAAGCGCGGCGAGAAAUGCGCUGGUGCAUCGCAAGAGGAAGGAGGCGGAGAGCAGCUCGGAAUCGAGCUCCAGUCUGCGACAGGACGUUAACUCCUCCUCGGACGCCAGCUCGACGACGUCCACAGCGGCAGCACUUAAGCGACCAACUCCCGUAUCCGACCGUGAAACUUCCAGCGAGGAUAGUAUGUCCACAAAAAGCGCGGCGGCGGCGGAAAAACGCAAGCGCUCCAAUCCGCCGCCAGCUGUACAGCACGUCUCGCAGUCAUCGUACAGCUCAUAUGUGAGCGAUGACGAUGAUCCGAAUUCGAAUUUGAGCCUGAAUGCUGUGAAUGGGACGCGGCUGCCACACAUCCAGCCGAUACCCAAACGACGACGAACGUCGUUGCACCUUAAUAAGGCGGCCAUGGAUAUCUACCUGGCAGGCACAACGGGCGGAUGAUAUUUAUGAACUUUUAAAACAUUCUCGUAGCUCAUAAUGAACGAAUUUGAAUAAAAUACACUCAAAGAUCCUACCAAG